AUGACGGGUGGUACACAAGCAUUCUGGAGUUGCAGCGUGAUCGUUUCCUGGCCCAAUGGCCUGGAUAUUUGCGAAAUUAUGCUGAACGUUUUUGGAUUCCUCGCUAACCUCUUAGUCACCGUUCUACUCUUCCUGCUUUGUGCAAAGAAGUCCGUAGAUCUGGCUCUUUUGCGGGUUCUUUCCCUCAGCUGUCUAGUUUCCACAUUCAUGUGCUUUUUUUACGACGUCGUUACCCCAGGCUCAAACACUGGCAACAUGUACUUUGAUGGUCUGGUUUGCAUCUUCUUUAGAAGCCGUUUUCUCUACUGGUAUAGCAGGGUCCACGUUUACCAUAGCCUCUUCUUCUUUGCCUACAACAGGGCCUUCGGGAUUCUAAAGCUUAGGCAUUAUCCACACACCACAGAGAAACACCGUCUCUAUUUCUACAUGUUCUUGGUGUUCACUGCUAGUUUCCUGAGUGCUGCGCCUCAGAUGCUUCAAGCGCGUCCGCAUGUGAAAAACUGUGCCUGUGCGACGCCAACCACGAACUUUGCCCUCCUCUCAGCUAUUUAUGCUCACGCAUUUCUGUGGGUGGCGAUCCUCGGUUUCAUCUAUCCAGCUAUCUUCCUUUGCAUCUGCACUGUUCUACUGGUACGCCUACGGGGAACGGAGAGGGGCGUCCUAGUGGAUGACCUGGAAGAACUCGCAUUUCCAGAGCCAAGACCAUCCUCCUCAUACUCCUCCAGCCAAGCAGACGCGAUAUGUACUUCAUCCUCAACCUCCUCCGAGUCCAGCAACGGUAGGCAGCGUGGCACAACUGUUCCCGGGGGAUCUGAUGAAGUCUCUGCACAUCAUGUCUGGUCAGCCUCGUUCUGCAUCAUACCGCUGAGCGCUGCAUACAUCGCAACCUUCACCUAUGAUUCCACCUACCAGCUGCUGAGUGCGAUGGGGUACCUGACUUAUGUGAUGAAUAGUCCAACCCAACAAUUCAGUGAAGUCCUGCUGACUCUCUUCACCGCGCUGGUGCCACUCAUUCUCUUUUACCACAUCCCCGCGAUGCGAUCACUCAUCUUCGUCGCAAUUGCGUCAGUGCAAAAGAAGUUCGGCAAGAUCGAAGUGAGAGAUUUGGGAGAAACAGCUUAG